UAACCCGACAAAGAAAAACCAAAAGAUAUUUCCCCCCUUGGCUCAAAAAAACAGAUGAUGUUAAACCCCUCACACAUUACACAAACCCCUAAAACCCUAAACUCGCCUGCAACCCCCUCCACCCUUCUUUCUACCUCAAAUUAAUGGAACUUUAAAAAUGGCGAUAAUAUAAAACCUGCUAAAUUCUUCACCAUUUUCUUUUCCUCAAUUUAAUUUUUCAUGGCAACUCAAACUCACCAUAUCUAUGGACCUCUCACUCUCUCUCCUACGACCAGUCUCUCUGACUUCGACGUUUGUAAUUUGCUCCCCAAAACUCCUCUUCAGCUUCAAACACUCGAACAUUUGUAUGCUGAUGAUAAGCAUCCGACACGGAGUAGAUUGAAGGACUAUGCUUCGGGUUUAGGGCUCUCUUAUGAGCAAAUAAGUAGAUGGUAUGUUCAGCGACGUCAAAGAGAUAAACAAGAUGCUGCCAGAACUCAAGGAGUAAAUGUGUCAGCGCAGAGAACUGCAAAGGGGAAGGGUAAAAUGGAUAAGAAGAAGAAUUUGUCAAGUUUGGAGCCAGGAGAGCAUGAGAAUUGUAAAAGACGACCCUUUUUGGCGCAAGAUAUGCUGUAUUCUCCGGACCAUAUAUUUAUGAAGAUAUUUAGGAAAGAUGGUCCCUCCCUUGGUGCAGAAUUUGAUCCUCUUCCUUGUACAGCUUUUCAAGGUCGCAAAGGUAUUGCUGAUAGCAGAUGUCUUGAGGCUGCAUGUGAAGGUGAACAAAGGGCGCAAAAAAGGAGGAAGGUGACAAGACCAGCCAUUUUAGACUCUGAACAAAGGGGUCAAAUGAAAACUCCUACGAAGAAGCAUGGAAAGGGGAAAGGUUUGAUGUCAACCUUGCAGCUUGUGAACACUCGUGCUUCUUUUCGAGAUAAUCUUGGAGCAUUGGAAAGAGGGAAGACGCUUCCAUGUAAAAAUAAUCAUCCAGCAAAAAGAUAUGGCAUGGGCAAAGGAUUUAUGACUACUUCACAGUUGGCAAAUGCUAAUUCUAAGAGGAAAACCCAGAGACGGAAACCUUCAGUUCUCAGAAAGUCAGGAAAAAAUGUCCAGAAGAAGAAGCCUCUUGCACGGCAGAAAAAGGUUGAAUCUAGCCGGAAUGAAAAACAGAAGGCACGCGGAGGUUGUUGCAAAAUUGCUUUGGAUUUGGGUUGCUAUGAAAAUCUCUGUUCAUUUUCUGCCCUGGCAGAUGAUGAGGAACUUGAGCUAAGGGAGUGCCAAGCUGGACCAAAUCCAUUGACUUGUGGUGCUCAUUUUGCUACUGGUGGGAGUCAUGGCUGUUCCCUUUGCAAAGGUCUUCUGCCAAAGUUUCCUCUUGAUUCUGUUAGAAUGAAGAAGCCACUCUUUAUGGACCCUUGGAAAUCUUCAUCGGAGCUUGAGAAGAAACUAUUUAAGGUUUUCCAUUUUCUGUACACUUAUGCGGUAAUACUUGAUCUUUGUCCAUUUACUCUUGAUGAGUUUGCGAAGGCAUUCCACGAUAAGGACUCCCCAUUGCUGGGGAAAUUACAUGUAUGCCUCCUUGGUCUUUUGCUGUCUGAUAUUCAGAAGGAGAUCUCUACUGGGGUUUCCAUUCGUUCAAAUAAACAUGGCAUGUUUCUGAAUUUGCUCAAUAUGGCUGAGGCACAGAAGUUUGUUGUGAACUUCUGGAGAACAUCUCUGAACCCUCUGACUUGGACGGAAAUAUUGCGACAAGUCUUGGUUGCAGCUGGCUUUGGCACGAAAGAUUGUAACCAAAGUAAAAGAUGCCUUACCAAGGAAGUAGAUCAUAUGGUCAAAUACGGAUUGCACCCUGGUACAUUGAAGGGUGAGCUUUUCAGCAUUUUGUUUGAGCAAGGAAACAAGGGAAUGAAGGUAACUGAGUUGGCAAAAUCUUCACAGAUUGUGGACUUGAAUUUGGGAAAGACAAAUGGUGGACUUGAAGAUUCAAUCUGCUCAAUAUUGGCUAGUGAUAUUACUUUGUUUGAAAAGAUCUCUUCAUCUGCAUAUCGUCUACGUUUACCAUCAAUCUUGAUGAAAGAUGAAGAUGCUCUGUCGGAUAGUGAAGACUUUGGGAGCAUUGAUAAUGCAGAAUGUGACUCUGGAAAUUCUUCUUCACGACCUGAUAUGGGACAUCAGUCUCCUGAAAGUAAUCCAUUGAGUAUUUCCUGUGUUAUUGAUGAAAGUCAUCCGGGGGAAUCAUGGCUUUUAGGUCUCAUGGAGGGAGAAUAUUUUGACCUAAGCAUUGAGGAGAAGCUGAACGCCUUACUUGCUCUUGUUGAUCUUGUAAGUGCAGGAUCCAGCAUUAAGAUGGAGGAUCCAUCGACAGCACUCACAGAAUGUGUUCCAAGGAUAUAUCAGCAUGGGUCCGGAGGAAAAAUUAAGCGAUCAGCAAUUAGUAGACCCAGUUCGCUUACCUCAUCUUGUGGCAAUGAUAGAGAAAGCCGUGGUGUGGAAAAUGGGCAUCUGUCUUCAGAAAUUUGUCCUGUUGAUUCAUCAGUGGUAAUAUCAAUGAUGUACAAAGAGGAUCAAUAUUCUGGCAAGGACAAAGGUCCAAUUGGCACAGGAAAUGGAGAUCUACAUCCAAUGCAAUCUAUUUUUUUGGGUUCUGAUCGUAGGUAUAACAGAUACUGGAUCUUUUUGGGUCCUUGUGAUACUGAUGAUCCUGGACAUAAACGAGUAUAUUUUGAGUCUUCUGAAGAUGGUCAGUGGCAAGUGAUUGACAGCGAAGAGGCUCUAUGUUGCUUGCUGGACACUUUGAAUGGUCAAGGUAGAAGGGAAGCCGUUCUAUUUGCAUCUUUGGAGAAGCGUGUUCCAUUUCUUCUUGAAGAAAUGUCGAGCAGUGUACUGGAUGAGAUUUGUGUCAGCCAGUCAACACAAUCUGGUCUAUCCGAGAUAGAUAGGAUAAAUGAAGUCAGCCUGUCACCCAUAUCUGAUAUAGAUAACCUAUCUUUGGGUGAGCCUUCAUGUAAUACUGUAACAUCAUCUAGUGCUGCACUUUUCAAAGUUGCGAAGAAAGAAGAGCAAAAACAGAAAUAUGAACGCCUCCAAGCCUAUGACUCAUGGAUAUGGAACGGUUUUUACUCCAGUCUUCAUUCUGUUAGACAUGGUAAGCGGUCAUUUUAUGAUUCAUGGAGAAGAUGUGGAAGUUGUAACGAUCUGUAUUGGCGAGAUGAGAAGCACUGUAACAUUUGCCAUACAACAUUUGAGCUUGACUUUGAUCUUGAAGAAAAGUACGCUAUCCAUGUGGCUAAAUGUCAGGGCCUAGAAGAAUCUGAUGUCUAUCCAAUGCAUAAAGUCUUACCAUCAAACCUGCAGGCUCUCAAAGCUGCAAUCCAUGUGAUUGAGUUGAUUAUGCCCGAAAACGCACUGAUUGGGGCAUGGAAAAAAUCUGCUCAUAAGCUUUGGGUAAGAAGGCUCAGACGCACCUCUACUUUACAUGAGUUUUUACAGGUUUUAGCUGAUUUUGUUGGCUCCCUUAAUGUGGAAUGGGUGUCGCAAAGCAAUCUCACCCAGAAAUGUGAGUCUUCAUCUGAAGAUUUUGUUGCACACUUCCAAAAUAUGCCCCAAACCUCAUCUGCUGUUGCACUCUGGCUGGUGAAGUUUGAUGCCUCGAUUGCUUUGCAAUUGGAUGAGGUAGUGGUAGUUGGAACUGGUAAAGGACAGGAGUCAGUACCCCCAGUCACUGUUUCAGAUGAUGAGCAAUGAGAUGUGCAUCGCUGAGCUCAUGGAGAACUCGUUUUCUUCCUUGUACAAGAGGCACACAGAUAGAGAAAAGCUAUGAUCUUGUGAGAAAUUCUUUGGCUAACAGCUCGGAGGCUUCGAAAGAUGAUUUUGGAAUGGUCGGAUGGUCAAUUUGUACAGAAGGGUUGCAGGCGUUACUUCACAAUUUUUUGAUUAUCUUGGGCAGGUUGGCUAAUGAGAUAGUGUACAGUUAGAAGAUUUUGAUGAGAGGCGCUACCACUCUCUUGUAAAAUUAAUUUUAUACACACUAGGAAUCAAUCAUCCAUACCCGUGAUUUUCUUGUAAAACAAUGCUCUAAAGCAGAAAAGUUUUGAGGUUGAGAGUAUCAUAUUGUUCUGUCACCAAACAAUGAUGGCGAGUUCAUCAAUACUUGUAUAUAAAUAAAUAUGGAGUUUAUAGCUCAAAUAUGGCAAAUGAUGCGAUGUUACUAAGUAA